UUUGUUUGUAUGGAUCUGGUAUGGAGUUUGUAAUGACGUCUUUGGAAUGCGCAUGUCAACAAUUCAAAAUCAAUACAAAUUUAAAACCCACGAAGAUGAGGUAAAUUGAAAUUACAAAAUAUUUUUUUUGCGAAGAUAUAAAACAAAAUGAAGUUGGAUACAGCAAGAUAUACUGUUAUUUUAUCUGUACAAGCCCUAUUAAUAUGCGUGGAUUGGGUUAUAAACAUUGUUUCAGUGUUUGUAAGAGAGAGUAAUGCCAAAAUGCUUGUUAUGUUCAUAGCUCAAGAUGCUUGUCUGAUAUUGGCUUUAUCAGCAUUAUUAUUAACUUUUUUCUCCACAUAUGUCUUCCAAAAUGGUUUAGUUUAUUUAUUAUAUGAUAGAUUUCGUAUGACAUUACUUGUUUGUAUGACAUACUUUGUUCUUACAACUGUAGUAAACAUUUGGCUAUUGAUUAUACGCUGGAGCACUACGAGGCACACAUGGCAUAUCUCAUUUUUUGUAUUCUUCAUUGUUCAACGAUUUAUGUCUGCAAUUUAUUAUUACUAUUACAAGAGGGCAGCUUUAAGGAUAAGCGAUCCUAGAUUUUAUGAAGACAUAGAUCUGAAAUCGGAAAAACCAAAUUAUCACACAACUGGACAAUUCAUUCAACAAUAAAUCUAUUAUCAGGAAAGAAAACAAACAUUGGAAAUAAAUAUGUAAUUCAUUUAACACAAAUUACAAUAAAAUUUUCAACAAAAAAAAUUAUACACAUACAAACGGUUCUUUUUUGUAUUCAACAAAAAAAAAAUAUAUUCUAUGACUAAAACAAUAAAUAUGUAAAAUCGUCCGGUUUACCACUUUUGUUUUAAAAAAUCCAUUAAUUCAACUUUUCUUGAUUAUAUUUACACUUUUUUAACGAUCACUUAUUGCUAAUCGGAAUUAUCUUCUGUUUGCAAAAAAGCGAACUUAUUAUUGGCGGCAAAAUUUGGCGGUUCUGGUUCCGCCAGUUUUGGCAUGUCCUUUUCAUGUUUGUCUCUAGGAAAAACAAAAAUAAUUACAAAAAGAUUAAUUGAGACGAAGGUACUUAUUAAUUCAAUGGUCUGUCAGUAGGAUGUUUAGAAAUGAGUAACUUUGAUAACUUUAAAUUAAUAGAUUUUUAUUUACAAAUCAACCCCAUUUUCGCAUUUAUAGAUGUUGAUG